AUGGCGUCUCCUCCUCACUUCGUUGUAAUUCCACUGCCCGUCUAUGGCCACAUCUUCCCGAUGCUCCAUCUCUCCGUGCAGCUCGCCUCCAUUGGAAACAAGAUCACAUUCAUCGCCAGCACUAGGACCAAGACCACCACGCUCUCCACCUUCGAAUCCAGUCUAUCCCAGAUCCAAGACCCUCAAACAGUACGUACCAAUCUCAUCUUUGAGUUUCUCUCCGGCGACGAACUUCUCCAGCAAGGUGGCGAGCAAGGCUUCCGGGCCAGUCUCGACUGGAUGGUCAGCCAGAUCACUGCCGUGGACGAAGCAAUCGAAUCCUGUGUUAGCCGUCACGGCCCAGUUUCCUGUGUGAUCCUCGACUUCAUGGUUUUCUUCCUCAAGAACGCAGCGGCAGACAAGAGAAAUGCCACUGUUGCUGCCUUGUGGACUGCUUCCGCCCCAUGGAUGCUCCUUUCUUUGCAGAUCCAAGCUUUGAUCGACGGGGGAUAUGUUCCACUCACGCCUUCCAAUGCUCUGUCCGUCGUCUCCGGCCUCACUGGAGUUCCACCCUUGUGCAACUACAAAGACGUUCCGGUGUGCCUGCUCAAGCCGGUGACAGACCAGCAGAUUGAGGAGAUAGCAGUGAUCUCGAAGAUGUUUUUGGAGGUGCCAUGGCUGCUGGUGAACACGAUCCCGGAGCUGGACAGUCGAUCGCUGCGCUGCGUCCGUCAGCUCGGAGUUAAGUCAGUCGCAAUUGGUCCUCUGCUGCCACUCCCGGUGAAGGACUCUUGUAGAGCUCCAGACGAUGUUCCGGUUCUCUCCUGGCUCGACCAGAAGCCACCCCAGUCUGUCGUCUUUAUCUGCUUUGGAACGCUGGCGGAGAACACGCUGGAGCAGCUCCAAGAACUUGCGAGUGCGCUGGAGGAGCUGACGAACCAGAGUUUCCUGUGGGUGCUGCGACCGUCGCAGCAAUCGUGCCUGAGCGAGGAUUUCAAGCGACGAACAGCUGCCAGAGGUAAGAUCGUUCCCUGGUGCUCGCAGCUCCAAGUUCUCAGCCACCCUUCCAUCGGUGGAUUCGUGACGCACUGCGGCUGGAACUCCAUCCUUGAGAGCCUGAGCUGUGGCGUCCCAAUGCUCGGUUGGCCGUGCCUUGGAGAGCAGAGUCUCAACUCCAAAUACUUAGCGGAUGUGUGGAAAGCCGGCACCAGAAUUGUUCCUUACAAUCCCGAUGGCAGCAACAGGGUAGUGAACCGGUCCGAGGUAUCGAAAGAAAUCGCCCUUUUGAUGACAGGCGAGGAAGGACAAGAGUUGAGGAAGCGUGCUCGCGCGAUUCAGAAGGCGAGUACGCGAGCCAUGCAGUCGUCAGUCGAUGAACUUCGGCGCUGGAUUGCUCAACUGUUCCAGCAGGGAGAAGAAGCUUCAGUGGAAGAACAAGUGUAA